GCCAAAUGAGAAUAUCUUUGAAUCCCAGCAGAGCUAAGAAUCCCCUAUCUUCAUCUCAAACGCACCUCUCUCUAUAUAUAUAUAUAUCUAUAUAUAUCCACACACAUACUAUAUAUAUAUAUGUGACAUGACAUGAACAAAACCAUCAAACUUAUUCUAACCUAGUUGCGCCCUUUACUUAUUAAAAAAAAUAUAUAAAAUAAAAAACCAGCAAACUAUGGUGAGGUCCAGAGUCUCAAUUUCUCCAAUCCAUUGUCACUUCAAACUGUAGGAUUAGGAUUAGGAUUAAAAUUAGGGUUAGGGUUUUUGAUACAGUACAACACGUCUAGCUAUAUAAAUUAACCAACUUUCAUCAACCCCAUUCGUGAUCAAUGGGUCCAUCUCUCUUCUUUGUGAUCUGCUUCCUCCACUCCGUGGUCGCCCUCACGAGUGGUGCUCUGAUGAUGUUCUACAUGAAGGACAUAUACACCUUCACACACGGGAACGAAGCCGCCACGAAGAUCUUGGGCUCUGCACCGCACGAUCAGCUCCUGAUCCGGACCUCCGAUUCCUUCUCCGGGUUGCUCCUGUUCACAAUCGGGUUCCUCCUCUUCAUGGUCGCCUUCGUCAAGGACAGAGACUUCCAGAGCUUCUUCGCCAAAGGGUGUGUGGCGCUUCACGUAUCAAUGGCGGUCUGGAGAUUCAACUUCGAGAGGAGGGUCGAAGACCUAGCUUUGGAUUGGUUGAGGCAACUAGUUGGUGACAUUCUAUUGGCUCUUUCUUGGGUUUUCUUUCUUGUUUACUCUUGGAAACUGAAAUAUGAUUGAUUUCAGCUUUUUAUAUAUAUUUAUAGAUAGAUAGAAAUAUUGUACAGUAUGAUUAUUGCGUAGAAGUGGGAAUUUGGGAAAAUGUUGAGAUGGGGCGGGUUGAAUUUGAAUUAUUCUGUUUUACAUUUGUUUGUUUGUUUGAUGGUUUUAUUUGGGUGUGAAAUUUGUAUUAGUUGAUUUUUUUUAUGGCAAAUUAAAUUGUGAUGUUGACUAUAUUUUUUAAAUUACUGGUGCUUUGCUUGUGAAACUGGUUUUUACUUCAAAUUUUUUGAUGAAAGAUUGAUGAGGACAAUUGAGUAGACUAUUUGUUAUUGAAAUUGAGGCUAUGGAUGUGUCAUGUAUAUGAAACUUCAAUGAAAAUGAGGAGUGGGUCCCACGUAUCAAGUGGAUGGAGAGUGUUCGACUCUCCUUUUUGGUUGAAGUUUUUGGUUAUUAUUUCUUUAUGUUACAUAUGGAAGAUUGGGAAUUUGUUAGUAGUAGUAUUAACUUGGGGUUUCCAUAUUAACUAGGUUUAUGUAGUAUAUAUGGAAGAUUGGAAAUUUGUUAGUAGUAGUAUUAACUUGGGGUUUCCAUAUUAACUAGGUUUAUGUAGCAUUGAAGUCACAAGUUUGUGGUCUCCAUCGAAUGGAUACAAUUAAGUGUUUAUGGAGAGGAAAGAUCUACAUUUGAAACUAUUUGCAGGUUUUAACCAGAUGCUUGGUAUGAUAAAAUUUAGUGGAAUUCAUGACGAUUUUUAAAAUUUUGGUGGGUGGACGUUUAAAAUUUAGAAGAAUUCACGGCAAGGAGAAAAAUGCACCAACUGAAUAAGAAAAACAUCACAGAAGAGUAGCAAUUUGCAGUUGUUUGGUGAAGGACGUAGGAAACAACAAAUGACGAUAUAUGAACAAGGGAUGAGUUUCUGGGAGUAACACAAAUAAAUUGUCUGUGGCUACUAGAGUUUAACAUGUAACUUGUCAUUUUGGGAAUUGGUUUUUCAUUUUACUUUAUAGUUUGCUUAUAGAUUUGUCAUAUUCAGCUAUUAGAAGAGGCUGAGUUUUUAAAACUACUUUCUUAGACAAUAUACAUUCCAUCUUGCUAUUUUGUAAGAGAUUUGAGUUGUUCAAAAUCACAUAAUUUUGAUGUACUUGAAUUUGUAGUUUCUUUAAUCCCAGCAGCCACCUUUUGAAGAAGAUAUCAAGUAAAUCACUUCAUCAGUUCCAUCCAAGCAGACUGAACAGGGGUGGUCUUAUAUUGAUGUUUGCCAUAUGUUCUAAUUUAUGAAACUAGUUUAUAUGCAAACACAUCUUGGGUGCUCCAAACAUGUAGCCAAAGACUUUAUAAAUUAAUAUGUUUCGAAGCAAAUUUGUCUGCGACUCUGCUAUGGAUGUUAUAGUAAAAAUUGCAGUUAAUUGUAGUUCCUGAUGAUAUGUAAUAAUGAGCCACUGGAAACCAUUUUUUUUGUGCAUCAAAAGCCUUUUUUCAAAGAAGUUUCAUCCAGAUGCACUCUACAUUACUUUCUAUAUUUAUGCGAACUCUUCCUUUCUUUCACUUUCCUUAAUUUUACGUAGUAAUAGUUUUUCUAACAAUCCAUAGAUGACCGAGUUUGAAUACUGUAGCAGUUUCAUGUUUUGCAUUUUUACUACGUAUGAAAUUUUCUGGUCCUUCUUAUGAGACAAAGGAAAGAAAUUAGGUGGCAUUCAUUAAUAGUCACCGACAAGCCUUGUUCAUCAGGUAAGCCCCAGGAGAGUUCAGCAUUAGAUCCUGUUUCUUUAUUUAUACAAAUGUGGGAAUGUUUUAAUAGGGGUGACGUGGUGAGUGAAACAACUUGAUUUUGUGUGUAAAUUAAACCACAUAAGUAGUUGCUCAAGAUCUACAUAGGCUGCGAUGAUUUGCAGUGAUGCUGAGGUGAGGUAACUUUCAAGUAACUGUGCAUCUUUAAUUGAUAUCAGAUGGUUUGAGUUCUGAAAUAAGUUGACUAACGAUUUUCAUUUGUUCUGCAGCCCCCAAAAGAGGAUAUUUUGGCUUCUGCUGUAUAAUUGCAUGCUACUGGGAUAUGAGUUGGAAUAUAUUUUAAGAAAAUGUCUUUGUCCUACUACUACGACUACGAGGACCAGUAGCGAGGAAGACGACAACAAUUAUUAGUACGCUGCCACUGGUACCACUAACACUACCACUAGGCCUACUACUGCUGCUGCUGUCACCAUCUCCACCACUACCACUGCAAUUUUUACUACUACUGCCACUACGACUAGCACUACACUUGUGACUAGCAUUGCUGCAGGGGACUUUGUUGCUACAGUGAUGGUUACUACAUUUUUGUAUGCGAGAACUGUAAAUGGCCAACAUAAGGAGAACUCAACAUGGCAUCAGUUGUAAAUCAGGCCACAGGACUCAGAAAAAGAAGAGAACAUAAACAAACGGGAAGCAGCUUCAAAGGUCUGAUCAAGAGAAACAAAAUCUCAGGAUUGCUGGACUCAAAUUCGCCCCUCAUUGGUUUUAGAAUAAUUUAGGAGCUUCUGUAUACUCUCAGAGGUUCUAAACUUGGAGGUAAUCCGGUUAACACAGUCCCUUUAAUUAUUUCACUAUUCAUUAUCUUUUGUGAAAUAAAUUAUUGUUUAUGUGCUAAGCACCCCUAAUUUGGUAUGCUAUUAAAUUUCUAUUUUUUGAAUGGUUUUAACAUUAUUUUUAUUACUUAAUGAUUUUCAAAGUCAUGCCAUGCGGAUCAGAUUAUGAGGGUUUGCGUUUAUUUUGAAUUAAAAUUCAUGAAAGUGGCCUAUUUAUGCACAUCUCAAGAUGAUCUUUAAUCUUCAAUUCUGUGUUAUCAUUUUGUGGCCUCUUUCACAAUCUACUUUUGAUUUUGUGGUUUGUUUACAUGAUUUAGUGUCCUUCAAUCAAUGGAAUUUGUUUGGAUUUCUUUCUUUUUUAAAAUUAUUAUUAUUUUGGCGGUUUGUGUGAUUUCCAAAAACUUGGCUUGUUUUUAAAAAAAUCUUUUUUAAUUAGCUUUCUUCAUAAUUAAUUCUUCUUUUAUUUUUGUUCCUAAGGGGAUUCAAGGAUGCUACAGAUAUCAGAAAUCUAACUUUUUCGGGGGCUACUGGAGCAUCCAACCUAAAACUUUUUAAAUUUUUUUACUAGUUUUUGUUUCAAUUUGAUUUAUAAAAACUUUGGUUUGUUUUAAUUCAUGUUUUUAACGUCUAAUUGGAUUUCCAUCUAUCUUAAAAAUGACCUUUGGCAUUGGGCUUUCAGAAUAAAUAGGUGGUUUUCAGAAUAAAUUGGUCAAGUGAUAUUUAAUUUCCAUGAUGGGCUUUUCAGUGAAAUGCUUCAAAGCUACCUCUUGGUGCAAGCCCCUACAUGGUAACCCAAGAUUGGGUUGGGUUUAAUAACCUAAUGUUCAAAAUUUAUAAGCAUCACACAGUACAUUUAGAUCAAUAAAUGGGAACAAAUAAGGAAGCUCAUACUAAUUAGCAUGGAUCAAUUACCAUACAAGUAUAUAGUUCUGGAUUCAACUUGAUAUUUUGACAAUAUUUUUGUAGGUGAAAUAUAUUUUGACUCUAAGCCUUGAAUAAAUAUAGAAAUAAAAAAAUGCAACUCUAUAUUUUACUUUCUGACAACUAAAUCAUAAUUAUAGAACCAAUUUGACAAUCCUUAAAAUUCAAAAUUCACGAGGGAUAUGAGCAUACAAACAAGUUAAACUAGAGGUAAUUACCGAAAAUAGAGGUCCGAGUAUGUUACUAAUAUGUCUUAUCCAUGGCUCUUAGGUGAUGCAACCAAAUAAAAACAUGCAAAAUAGAAUCUAAAUCAUUUUUUUUUUUUUUUUUUUGAUAAGUAAAAAUAGAAUCUAAAUCAUAAUAAAACACAAAAAGGACAUACUUAGUUAUUCUACAAAUUAAGAUCAAAUUUAAGAUUGAAGUCCCAAUAUCAAACUAUGCAUAAAACAAAACACCCUUAAAAUCAGAUUGAACAACUAGAAAACUAGGUCAUGCGGAUGCUAAAUGAAGCAAGUAACUAGCUACAGAUUAAUUUUGGAACCAUUUAAAUGGUUUUCAUAUGAACAUUAAGUAUAUAAGUGAAACUUUUGAAUUAUAUGAAUUAUGUUUAUUGAUCAUUCAUAUCCCCCAAUUGAUAUUUAAAGUGACUUCUCUGCUUAUGGUUUUGAUUUGAAAUUUUCAGUUUGACAUUUCCAUUUCAUAAUAUUUGAAACUUAUCUUAUUGAUUCUUAUUUCUUCUCUCCCCCAUACAAGUUUAGCCCUUAUACUAUAUUAAUCACUAUUAGUAGUUAGGUAAGUGGUAUAACUUUCUGUAUUAUUAAUAAACAUUUCAGAGUGAAUUUGAUUCGAAACUUAGGCUUUCGAAGGAGGGAAAUUUGAGGAUUGGAGUUACAAGGGUUUAUUCAUAGUUGAAUUAAUAUAGUUUUGUAUCUUUUGAAGGUACCGCAUCUGAUGUAACAUGUGGUAACAUAGGUUUGAACUUGCUUUGUACUCGUGGGACAAAAUGUGUUGUAAUAGGUAAGUGGUAUAACUUUCUGUAUUUUUAAUAAACAUUUCAGAGUGAAUUUGAUUCGAAACUUAGGCUUUCGAAGGAAGGAAAUUCGAGGAUUGGAGUUACAAGGGUUUAUUCAUAGUUGAAUUAAUGUAAUUUUGUAUCUUUUGAAGGUACUGCAUCUGAUCUAACAAUUGGUAACAUAGGUUUGAACUUGCUUCGUACUCGUGGGAUAAAAUGUGUUUGUUAGUGAAUUUUGUCUAAGCUUUAAAAUUCUGUAAUAAUCUUUUGGUCAUGAUAUGUAUGAUCAAAAAUAUGUUGCCUAAAAUAAAUGUACAUUACUUAUGUAAUUUUAUACUCUUAUAUAGUAAAAAAAUGAUAAUGUCAAGUUUGGAACAAGGUCAAAUCAAAAUUUAGGUUCAUGAUGCCUAGGUUAAGACAAUAAAUAACUUCUCAUCUUCCAUUAUCUUCAACUAACAACAGUUAAAGAGAGUCCCAUCAUCUCUUCCUUUAAUUAGGGAAAUGUGAUCGAAUAGUAGUAUCCGCACUUGCCACAUGUAUCUCUUUGGCUGACUCGACAAGUCUCUUCAUUUUUGCUCACUACACUGAUUUUUGUUUUUCUAUUUUCUCUCUCCCCACUUUAAUUGUUGGCUAUGUCCCAUAGUUCCCAAAUCAACAGGGCUUUUUCUAUUUUCCGGAGGCCGGGAGUUCGGAUCUUCUUGGAGCCAUUCUCAAGGAAUUUUGUCAGUAAUUGUUCGGUCCAUCUGGAAUGACAUCUGGAAUGAGGGGACUGCGUAUGUGUUUGGUGAUAGAUUAUGAGGUGCUGUAAGAGGUCCGACACCAAAUGGAAUUGUUUAGUACUCUCACAAAGGGGUUAUGAGGCAUGUGAUUGUUUCUUCUCUAUCCGUUGACUGUUGAAACUUGUUUAGAGGUCACAUGGACAUGGCCAUCUUUGGAGUUUUUUCUUUUCCUCUUAACAUUUAUUAUUGAAGUACAAUUUUAUCUCUAUAUAUAUAUGUUGAUUGUGGUCAAUGUGUGGUUGAUUAGGUUCUGAUGUAAUUGGAGAAUAACCCCCUUUCACAAACUAAGUGCUUCCAAGUGGACUCACUUCUUUGCCACCUGUCCCUUUAUCAUAUAUGAACACUUUUAUUAAAGCU